AUGCAAGGCAAUGAUCGCUUUUCUAUCGACUCUCUUAUUGACAACAGGCGUAGAGGAAGUGUAACCAGCGUUGAUGGCGGUGAUGCACAAGAACUUUCAGGAGCAGAGGAUGAGUUGCUGCAAGAAUCAAGACACGCAGUCACAUCAUUUACUGUCAAAGACAUUUUGGAUCCACACAAGUUUAACAACCCAAAGAGACGAACAAGUGAAAGCGACUCAGAAACUGAAAGCCUUAGCAGAGAGGAAUCAAGAAAUAAUUCUCCGUGGCACCCAUGGAUGGCUUCAACGCGAUUUAACCGAGCACAAAAGACGAUUGGUAAGAAUACUCAUCAAUUCUAAACGUAUGUCCCAUCACUCCGGCUGUUUAAUUAAUGUUAAAAUUCAAUCUACUGGGCAUGGUAUCAAUAUUUCCCUACUUUUAUUGGAACAGUUUUACUUUAAUUCUAUCAUACUAUGCAACACGCUAAAAAUCAAUUAAAGAUAAAGCGUAAAUUUUUUCUUUACAUUAAUUUAUUAGUUACUCGCUCUGAGAUUGCAUUAGGCACAGCCGUUUAACUUAAAAACUAUUUAAAGCAACGCGUAAAUCACUGUAAAAUGUCUUAAGAAAAAUCAUUGAAGUACUGCGAUUCCACAGUUUAACCAACUAAUUUGCCGUUGAUAAAUGUAAUUUCGCCAGGCGGCGUAGCGGUGUCUCUUAAAUCAUGAAUUAACCUGUUUAUUGAAUUAUGUCUGUUAAUCUAAAAUACGGAAUAAGUUCUGAUUUUAGGAGCUCUUUUAAAUAUUUAUCUUCUUAUUAUGUUCGCACAGAAACUGAAAAAUGCCUGGAAAAAGAGAUAAGUGCUCAGGAAUCGUCAAAUAUUCAAGAGAAUGAAGAAACUAAAUCUACUUCACUGAGCUCUAAAUCAAAGCGAAAGCGUGGCGGCUCUGAACGUUCAAAGGAGGGAAAACCCAGACGAGCAAGAACUGCGUUCACGUAUGAACAACUGGUCGCGUUAGAAAACAAGUUUAAGAGUACUAGAUACCUAUCAGUUUGCGAGAGACUUAACUUGGCCCUAUCGCUGAGUCUAACAGAAACACAGGUGAAAAUUUGGUUUCAAAAUCGACGCACUAAAUGGAAGAAACAAAAUCCUGGCGUCGAUGUGACCGCUCCACCGCGGCCGACUACUCUGCCGCACGCAGCUUCUCUGGCAGGUUACAGUGCAGGGAUUUUGUGCACAUCGCAGUGUCCUACUCAAAUGCAUCACUUUUCACACUACCCAAGCCCAGCAACAGGACAUGCCCUACCCUGUAUAAUCCGACCACAUCCAACCUAUGGACACAUCUAAAUGGAGUUUAAUUAAGGACAUAUAGCUAUUCCUUCUUUGGUCGCCGAGAUAGAUGCAAGCUUCUUGCAGAGGAUAAGCCCUCACAGGAAUCAAAAUGUAACUAUUUAUGAUGUGCUAUAAUAUUUUAAUUGAAGGUUAUCGGCCACACAACUGUGGCUUAUUGUACUAUGCUUCCGUCCCGGACUUCUUCUCCAAUUAGCCCCUACGGCUGUCGAGGUAAAAAAAAUUAGUAUCCUGAUAGGAAAUGUAACGAUUUAUCAAUCGAACAAUGAAGCUCGGAAACUGCCAAAUUGCUGGCCAUUUCCUCGAAUAUUUUGUCGCCAUAAAAUAGAUAUUUCCCUAGAUUGGAACUAAGUUCGCGCAAGUUUUUUUUGCGUAGGUUUGGUCAGUCAAUUAAAAUAGAUCUUUUACUUUUAAAACGCUGCUUCAGUUUUGUUUAGUAGGCAGGAAUACGGCUUGCUUUUCACAAUGGGCGCACGGCGUAAACGAGAAAGUUAUGGAAAUAAUAAUAUGUUUAAGAUUUAUAACUGUAAAUACUGUAUAAAACCUAAUGUAUAAUAAUGUCUGUCG